UGAUUCGCUCAUUGGUCGCUGAACUGUCAGCAGCUCGAGCAGCGAUGAGCCACUCACCCGGAGGACUGCUCGCUCACGGCUCUUAUGAUGUCCCCUCAUCUGAACUUAUGAUUUACUCAUCUGCCGAUGAGACAGAUAACGUUUGAAUGAGUUGAAUUUUACACGUUUGUAAGGGAGCAGGAUACACUUUACGGACUGUAAAGUUUUUUUAAUGGUAAACGAACAUUACGGAAGAAAAAGCAGCUGCGAUGGACGCUUCAAAAUUGGUUUUAUUAGUUUUAACGUUGAGCUGCGUGUUUUCUCCGGUUGGUGCUGUUCAGAUGUGUGACGUGGUAAAUGAGAUUGAGCUGGCAAGAGCGAGGUGCGAGAAUAAAACAGCAGGAAACGUCACAUCAGGCUGCAAAGGAAUGUGGGAUAUUAUUGCUUGCUGGCCAUCAGCCAAAGUUGGAGAACAUGUGGUUAUUCCUUGUCCAAAUUACUUCAGACACUUCUCUGAUCAUCAUGAGGGUAACCUCUCAAAGACUUGCACUGCUGAUGGCUGGACUCAGAUGGACCCGAUGGAAAUCGCAGUGUAUUGUGGCUAUAAUCUGAAUGGCAGUAUUGACGAUGAUAGUUUCUUCAGGUCGGUAAAGAUUGGCUACACCAUUGGACACAGUGUUUCUCUCAUUUCUCUCACUACUGCCAUUGUAAUACUUUGUAUAUUCAGGAAACUCCACUGCACGCGGAACUACAUCCACAUGCACCUGUUCGUGUCCUUUAUUUUGAAAGCCAUUGCUGUCUUCGUCAAAGAUGCGGUGCUGUAUGAUGUUGUUCAAGAGUCUGACAACUGCUCCACUGGCUCUGUUGGCUGCAAAGCUGUGAUUGUCUUUUUCCAGUAUUGCAUUAUGGCAAGCUUUUUCUGGCUCCUUGUGGAAGGUCUGUAUCUUCAUGCUCUGUUGGCCGUCUCUUUCUUCUCAGAGAGGAAGUACUUCUGGUGGUAUAUUCUGAUUGGUUGGGGAGGCCCAAUGAUUUUCAUCAUAGCUUGGAGCUUUGCCAAGGCUUACUUCAAUGAUGUGGGAUGUUGGGAUAUAAUUGAAAAUUCCGACUCAUUCUGGUGGAUUAUCAAAACCCCGAUAUUAGCUUCAAUUCUGAUGAACUUUAUCCUGUUCAUUUGUAUCAUCCGGAUACUGCGGCAGAAGAUCAACUGUCCUGACAUUGGGAGAAAUGAAUCAAACCAAUAUUCGAGGCUGGCAAAAUCCACACUUUUGUUGAUUCCACUCUUUGGGAUAAACUUCAUCAUAUUCGCUUUCAUUCCUGAGAACAUAAAAACUGAACUAAGGCUUGUGUUUGACCUCAUUCUUGGGUCAUUUCAGGGUUUUGUGGUAGCUGUACUCUACUGUUUUCUGAAUGGAGAGGUCCAAGCUGAAAUCAAGAGGAAAUGGAGACGAUGGCACCUUGAAAGAUUUCUGGGUCCCGACACCAAAUACCAGCACCCGUCCAUGGGCAGCAAUGGCAACAACUUCAGCACGCAGAUCUCCAUGUUGACUCGCUGCAGCCCCAAGACUCGUCGUGCCUCUGCGUGUCAGGACGAAACGUCCAUCACAAUCUAACCUAUCAUCUACAACGACGUGGUAUUGCCAUGACGAUGUUCCGGUACUGAAAUAGUUCUGAAUUUCAGUUACUACAUAUAAUUCUUUGGAGGUAUGAGCUACUAAACCUUACAUUUUUGCUGAAUAUAGCUCAGUUUGAUGCCAUAGAAGUCACUGACGAGGUACUUGUAUGAACAACUCAAUAUCAGAUCACCUCCUGCAACACAUAAAACCUGUAAAUAAAGCCACGGUGAUCUUUUGGAGAGCAGAGAUAUUGUAGUUCUAGACUUUUUCAGUCAUUUUAUGCCGACUUGGCUCAGCAAGGACACAGAUGCAACAGCAUCAUCGAGAAUGAAUGAUGAUACGUUGUAGGAAAAAGAGGUUAGGGAUUCUCUACCUGGACUGCUCUUAUAUAUUUUUGCUAAUGAGGUGAGUUAAAAAACAAAAAAAACAAAACAAAAAGGCAACCAAAAGUGGAUUGUUGAAUAUCCAAUAUAUGGAGAUACACUGUAGAGACCAAAUGUGAUGUUUCUUUGAAACAUUGUCGUUCAUAAUUUUUUUUUUGACGAUGUUUUCAGAUCUGUGUGUGUGUGUGUGUGUGUAGGCAUGUUUGGAAGCCGAUGCCCUUCUCUGCACUAUCAUUCCAGAUCAGUCAUCCCAGCAGUGUCAACAUUCAGUGUGCAUGCUUGUUUUACUGUCAUUGUGCCACGUAUCGCAGUGACAUGAUGGUUUUAUGGUCUAAUGACAAAUCCUUUUGUGCAAAGAACAAACUAUCCAUUGUGACAUCAAUGUUCCUGCCAAGGACGGCACUGUUGGAGCUUGAUAAAACUGUCAUGGACUUUGACAAUGCUUAUUAUUAAUCUUAAUGAAUAAUACACGUCGACCAAUUCAUGCUAACAGUGGAAGUGGUACUUGAGUGCAUUGUAAGUCUUUGCACUAAUAUUAUUGGUGUGGCAUCUGUAAACUUACCAUCUCCAUUGUACUGUGACACAAAAUAGAUUUUCAUGUCCUUUCAGUGCUUGUUCAACUAGAAGGAUUUUGGUGUUUAUGUACAAGCUAAAUGGAAAUGAAAAAAGCAGGCCAUACUGUCACACCAAUGCUCUUGUCUCACAGUUUUUAUUCAUUGGGAUGGACUUGCAGCCAGAUCAAGGCUUGUGAAGUUCCGGAAAGCGACUCAAACUGGGUCAGUGCCACAUCAAGGUAGUUCAGUGUGGAUUGUGGUCUCUCAUGUUUUUGUUUCCAGUGGAGAAAAUAAUUAUGUACAGUCACAUCUGAUAAUAUAUAAAGGGAAUGUACAGUAAAUUAAUUUCAAUGCUACAGAUGGGGCGUCUCGCAAAGGUUGUAGUAAAAUAUAUGUGUUUAAGCCUCAAAUCACUGCCCAACAUUGUUCGAUUACUUAAUUUUUUUAAAUGUUAAAUGUGUGAUUAGCCAGAUUACCUCUCAUCUGUCACAAUAAAGAAUGUAUAUUCUUAUAAAAAUAUGUUGAAGUUCAAAGAUCAAACAUCACUUUAAGUUAGCUGGCUUUGUGAACUUUAUAUAAGUGCUUAGGAAAAGGUGCCUAUUUUAUUCAGUUGUGCUGUACAGGCUGUGUCUGGUUUUGGAAUGAUGUGUACAUACACUGGUUGUUGUAGAUUCAUUUGGUGAAGCUUAAUAUGUCAGCACACGGCAGAAGAACUGGAUGUUGUGUAUAUUAACUGUGUAUUUGUGCUGUGAAAGUGAGUAAUAUUUGUCCAUACCGCAUGCUAUACGGGCAACAUACGGUACAUUUCAAAUAAGAAAUUCACAAUAAGCAUGACCCAAAUUCUUUACAGUCAUGUGUACAUAUACUGAAUAUUUUUGUAUCCACAUUUAAACAAGCUUGAUACAUGGUAUAUGUAUUUUUGUAACAUCUGGGACCAUUUUCCAUUGUUGUUUUAAUGUUCACAAUCAACAAUUUUAAAUAAACAACUUAAGCUGUA